UCCCAUCCAAAGAAAAUGGUCCGAAAUGGAUCCGUGGUCGGACGGCUCUCGCCGGGGAAAGCCAGUUCGGUUGGCAAGAGUGGGCAAGUAGGGCGAGGGGUCCGUCGCGUCAGUGCUCUACUCGUUGCGACGCGAUGCCAUACUGGACCCACUCUGACGCAUGAUUCUGCACGUCUUACAACGGCGAGUUGCACCCUUCUGCAAAGCCCUGCGAGGGUGACUUUGGGCCUGACGCGACCCAUGGAUGCGACUGCUCUGCUGCCAUCUGAUAGUGUACAGUCGGAUAGCGAAGACCCUUUCGCCGACUUCGAAGAAUUCUGCCAGAAAAUUACCGAAUCCGAGGUCUUGAAUGAGUCAACCUCUCAAAAAGAGAGUUCCGUUGAAAGAAAGCCGGCCAAAGUUCCGGAGAGAGACGCAGUCGAGACGCUGAAAGGCGAGAUGAUCGAGACGCCGAUAGGUGAUGAAGUGGCACUCCUGAACGGUGAAAUUGCAUGCGAGAGGCUCGACAAACACAUAAAAUGCGAGAUGUUCGCCGGCUCCGCGGAUACGCGAUCCGACCCUAAGGAAGACGAUGAGAGAGUACAGUCUGAUUUAAACCCUAAACUCGUUGAAAGACCUGAUGAAGCCAUACCGGAGGUAGCAGCCGACUCCCAAACCGAGAAAGUACCUGAAAACGAUUGUAACGGAUUAAAGGAUAAAGGGGCAGAGAGUGAUGCCGAACGGGAUUCGACCGGUUUGGACAAGCAUGAUCACGAGAGGCUCGCUGACGUCCAAUCGGCCCUAGACCGUUUGAUCGACAUCGUCGACUCUGGUGUCGAAGCCGGCCCCAAGAAGGAGGAAUCCCCCGCCUUGGAAAUGAUAAUCAACCCUGAUGCGAUUAAGAGGGCAAUAGUGGAGAACGCCAUCGCGGAAGAGCCGGCUGAGUUUCCCAAAGGCGAGGCGAAAACCGAAAGAUGCGAGGUCGAUUCUCCAGAGAAACCUGCAGAAGUAGACAAACCCAAUAUGGAAUUGGUCGACACAGAGCUCAUCAUAGAAGAAAGGAUCAGCGAUCCGACUGAAUUUCACUCACCUCAAGAGCAGACACACUUUUUAAAAAGGGACAUGAACACAUCCGAAAUGGAGGAAAUAGGAAGGACAUCUAAGAAACUAAAGUUUUCCGCGAGCGAAAGCGAUGUCGAGAAAAUGGACGUAGACGAGAUCAUCACGAACGGCUACGUUGAACAAACGUGCAACGGUUCGGCGACAAAAGAGGAAAUCGAAAGUGCCAGGCCCAAAACAGACAAGCUGCUCAACGGUGACACGCCAAACAAUAAGAAGAGUCUACGAGAAGAGGCUUUGUACUUAAAAGAACAACUCAAAAGAGGAGAAGAAAUAACUAUAAAUCAGGAACUCUUGGAAGAAGUUAUUAUGAUCAAAGUCACAGAGUAUUUGGCUGAUUCGGGAACCACAGGGCAAAUGAGGGUCAGCGUACAGCAUAUCGAAGAUGAACUGGAAAGGCUGAAAAAACAAGUCGUGAUGUACAGAAAACAGUAUGAAGAUGCAAAGAGGGUUAUAAAGAAAUUAGUAGACGAUAAAAAAGCUUGUAAAGAAUAUACAAACUCAGUCGCUCCUGCAAAAGUGACACGAUCCGUUGGCCUGCAAGUCUGCACAAUUGGAAGGAGGUCAGUGCAUAAUUUGAACAUAAAUACUAUGGCGGAAAGGCGACAGGAAGAACCAACCAAGCCUUCGACGCCUCCUUCGACAAGCAGCAUGCAGCCAGUUCAGUUUGCAAUGCCAGCACCACCACCCCCAGAGCCUGUACCAUCGACAAGCGGUAUCAAAACCAUAGCGCCGUCUACCAGUGGGGUGAAACCACCGAUAAGGCAGAACGCAAAGAAGACGACAACAGGGAUACCGAGACUGGGCGAACAAAGGAAGAUGGCGCCUCCGCCCGUUGCAAAUGACACGGUGCCCAUCGUCUCACCCGUUAAACCUCCAUCGAAUGAAGUCAUCGAUCUCACCGAUAAAGAUGAUAUCCAAGAAGAUGCCAAGAAGAAGCAGAUUGGAACAAAUGUAGUUCAAGUUAAUUCCUGCCAGAUACAAAUUAUGAAUUCAAACGGGGAGUAUUCUUCGCAAACAAAUAACGCAGAUAAUGGCACUGUAAUGAUCAAAACAACCAAUCUUAUAAAACAGAUCUCAACGGCCGCCGACACUGACAUCAUACCUUUACCAUCUCCAUAUCCAGCACUGCCAGUGGCAUUUUAUUCUGAAAACGUUCCCCGUCCGCCUAGGCCAUUGUUGAGGAUAAGUCAGACACCUGGAAACCCCCCAGGGAAAUCUGGUAUCAUGCUGUCGUGGAACUUCAGCAGUGACGACCAUCCAUCACCGCCAAUAUCCAAAUACCAGGUCUACGCUUACCAGGAGGGCGGUGAAGACGGGAGUAAAGAUAAUUGGAAAAAAGUCGGCGACGUCGACGCCCUUCCUCUUCCCAUGGCAUGCACACUUACCCAAUUCAAGGAUGGUUUUAAAUACUAUUUCGCCGUCAGGGCGAUAGACAAAAACAUGACGAAAGGGGAGUUCAGCCUGCCGAGUAGCAUAAGACUGCACCCGCUUAAAAGGAUAAGCAUGAAUGGGACAAAAUAAUUUUUCCUUUUCAUUUUUUUACAAAUUUUAUUAAUUAGAUUAUGUACAAAACAAACAAAAAACAAUUGUAAAUAAAUCUUAAAGAAUGUACAAAGUGUAUAAAAAGAUAAACCAAAACAAAAAAGAUGUAAUGUUAAAAUUUUAAUCUAAAAUUAAACUAUCUAUAAAUAAAAAGUGAAUUUUGUAUAAAGUAUAUUGUAAUUGUUGUAUAAAAAGGUACUUUGUAUACUGAUCCAUUGCUGAAGACGACAUCAUAUUCUUUAAAUUGAAUACCUUUAAUUUUUUCCCAUUUUUUAGAACUAUCAAGAUAAUCAGCAAAGGUUCAGGUUUGGUUUUCAGCUUUACUAAC